CUGGCAAUAGAAUACUUGAGUUCAAGUAUUUACAAAGUUACACUAAUUUCGUUAAUUAUUUCAGUAUUCUAACUUGACAAGUAGAUAUUCAUUGCUCUAUUGACAAAAUUUGCUUUCACCCUGUUAGUGCCAUAACAAAAUGUAAGCUACUUUUUUAAUAGCAACUAAGGAGUAGAAUACUUUUCGGUGUAGUUUAUAGCAAAACCAAUCUAUGUAUUACAUGCGAUAGUGUUGGUGUUUGUUGAUUAAAGUGUUACUAAUUUCAAGGCCAUUUAUUUUGUCACACAAGUCUUAGAAUUACAAUGCCUGUUGCCGCUAAAUUCAUAGUGCCAGUUGCCCUUGGCCUGUCUCUAGUCACCGUCACAGCUCUCGUGGUGUACUAUGUCUUCAAGAGGGACGAGGAGUCCGAAGACUCCAAGCCCAUCGCCACUUCUCGGGUGAACACCAUUGAAGUCAAUGUUCCUAAAAGUCUGGUCCCUGCUUUAAUUGGUCGCAGCGGCAGCAACAUAAAGGACAUAGAACACAAAUCCGGUGCCAAGAUAAACUUCAAGAAGUUCCCGGACAAAGACUAUGACAUAUGUGUGAUAAGAGGCGAGAGCCACACUUCGCAGACAGCUGAGAACCUUAUAAGGGAGUUCAUGAAACAGCAGCCCGUGAUUGUGGAAGAUACUUUGGUUGUGCCCAACUGGGCUUGUGGCAGGAUCAUAGGCUCAGGCGGUGAGACGAUCAACGACAUCAGUCACCGCAGCGGAGCCCGAGUCAAAGUAGAGGGGCCCCCGACGGCCGACAACGCAUCGCAGAGGCAUGUCAGCUUCCGGGGCACCAAGGAACAAAUCGAGGUUGCCAAGGGACUUGUGUCCAGCUGUGUCGCUCAAGAGAAAUGCCGUCGCGAGAUCGAGCAGUCAAAGCGCAGUCCGCGCCACGUCCAAGUCCAGCCAGCCACGAGCGCAGCGGGGGCGUCGGCACAAGCGGGAGCGGGGGCGGAAGCGAGAGCGCAAGCGGGGGCGGAAGCGAGAGCGGGCGGCGACCACGUGGAGGAAUCGCCAGGUGACCCCAAACGAGUCAAGUAUAAGCGGAAUGAAGCCGUAUCGUCUUGUAUCGAAGUGUACGUGUCGGCCGUGUCGUCGCCCGCUCGCUUCUGGGUGCAGUUCGUCGGGCCGCAGGUCUCGCAGCUGGACGAGCUGGUCGAACACAUGACGGAGUACUACGGCGACAAGGCGAACCGCGAGGCACAUGCGCUAACAUCGGUAUCAGUAGGGCAAGUGGUGGCGGCCGUGUUCCGCCACGACGGGCGCUGGUACAGGGCGCGCGUGCACGACAUACGACCCAACGAGUUCGACGCCACUAAACAGGUGGCGGAUGUGUUUUACUUGGACUACGGAGACAGCGAGUAUGUGGCCACUCAUGAACUCUGCGAACUGCGCGCCGACCUUCUACGGCUGCGGUUCCAGGCCAUGGAGUGUUUCCUGGCGGGUGUGAAGCCGGCGGGGCGUGACGAGGACGUGGUGCGGGUGACGGCUGCGGGGCAGCGCUGGGAGCACUGGCCCACAGCCGCCGUCGAGCGCUUCGAGCAACUGGCACAGGUUGCGCGGUGGAAGCCUCUGGUGUCAAAGACUUGCACGUACAAGAAGACUGCAACGGAAGACCAGAAAGAAAAGGAAAUACCCGGCAUUAAACUGUAUGACGUCACUGAAGAGGGAGAGAUCGACAUCGGCGCGGUGCUGAUCGCGGAGGGGCUCGCGGCGCCCGCCCCCGCCGCCCCCGCCCCGCCCCGCGCCUCCCCGCCUCGGCCCCCGCCCUCGCCCUUCGGCGACCUCGGCGCCUCCAGGGUGCUCGGGAUGGUAGAAAACCGCAGCUCGUCUUUACCUCGUGACCACAAGGAAGACUACACUGCAGAUAACAACAACACACAAGCAUCUAACCUUGCCACCUCGAAAUCCCUAGGCUCCGGCAUAGAAGCCUCGCACACUCCGGUCUCCAUGACCAACGUGGACCUCUCGAGGCCGAAACAGAACGGCUCCCACGACCUCAUCGAGGCCGAGCGACGGCACGAGGCCGACAGCGAUGUACCUCACACGCCCGACUUACACAUGACGCCCCUAGAUGAACUUAAAGCUAAUAUAAAUAGGAUCGAUUCACAUCAUGGUAAUUUAGAAUCGUUGGGCAGAUUGCAUGAGUUGUAAGCUCGUUAUUGUCAUAAAUAUGUUU